CGCCGAACUCCACCUCCCACGGAUUGCACUCCCUCCCUCCUCGCGCCCAAGCGCACACCCCCUCCCGCCUGGAGGCCGCUACAGCCUACAAGUAGCACUCAGCCCGGCUCCCGUUUACCGCCGCCGACUUCUGAUUCUACCACCACCCGCCUCCUCUCGAGUUCGAUCUGUUUGCUCCCCCAGACAUGUCGGGCCGCGGCAAGGGAGGCAAGGGCCUGGGUAAGGGCGGCGCGAAACGCCACCGCAAGGUGCUCCGCGACAACAUCCAGGGCAUCACGAAGCCGGCCAUCCGGAGGCUGGCUCGCAGGGGCGGCGUGAAGCGCAUCUCCGGGCUCAUCUACGAGGAGACCCGCGGCGUGCUCAAGAUCUUUCUCGAGAACGUCAUCCGCGACGCCGUCACCUACACGGAGCACGCCCGGCGCAAGACCGUCACAGCCAUGGACGUCGUCUACGCGCUCAAGCGCCAGGGCCGCACCCUUUACGGCUUCGGCGGCUAGGGCGCUAGGCUAGGCCAUGCUCGACCCGCCCCCCACUCUCCGCUCUGGCGUCGUCACUGGUUCCUUGACCCCUGUGCGGGUCGGUCGGUGGUGCUAGGGUCAGCAGUUGUCUGGUGUCUGUAGCCUCUCUGGCUAUCCGUUCUUUGGUGUGAAAUGGAAUUCCAAUCGUGUGGGAAUGGAUCUCUGUUCGAUUGUUCAAUUGGCCCAUAUUCCAUCUUUGGAUCUUA